AUGACAUCGUCGUUUCGUUCUCAGAUCGCGGUCGAGAAGACGGAGGACGAAGGUCCCAAGAAGGGCGUCAUCAAGUUCGGCUGGUUGGAAGGAGUGUUCAUGCGAUGUCUGCUCAACAUCUGGGGGGUCAUGCUGUUCUUGCGUCUGUCGUGGGUGAUGGGACAAGCCGGGAUCGGCGAGGGUCUCCUCAUCAUCUCCGGAUCCAACAUCGUGACCCUCGUCACCAGCAUCUCCAUGUCUGCCGUCUGCACCAACGGACAGAUCAAAGGAGGUCGCACGCUCGCGUUUCACCAUUCGUACACCCUUUGCGGUGGAAUCUACUACAUGAUUUCGAGGUCCCUUGGCCCCUCGUUCGGUGGUGCCAUCGGGCUCAUGUUCACCAUCGCCAACAGCAUCGCCUGCGCCAUGUACGUCAUCGGCUUCUGCGACUCCAUCAAGGAUCUGUUGGCCAACGAAUUCGCCACGAAUAUGAUCGACGGUGGGGACAACGACACCCGUGUGGUGGGCAUUGCCACCAUCAUCCUCAUACUCGGCAUCGUCUUCGUCGGAAUGGAUUGGGUCACUCGAACCCAGCUCGUGCUCCUGGUCGUCUUGGUGGCCUCGCAAGUGGACUUCAUCGUUGGAACCCUCAUCGGCCCGUACGACGACAAAAAUCUGGCUCGAGGCUUCGUGGGUUACAGGAAGGAUGUAUUCCAACGGAACUGGGGCUCCGCAUACGGGCCCUCGAGGAUCCAGGACGGAGACCAGGACUUCUUCAGCGUCUUUGCCGUCUUCUUCCCAGCCGUCACCGGCAUCGUUGCCGGCGCCAACCUCUCCGGUGACCUCAAGGACCCGUCUUCGGCGAUCCCGAAGGGGACGUUGGCGGCGGUGGUUCUCACGUACCUCUCGUACAUCGGGUAUGGGGUGAUGCUCGGAGGUUCUGCCGUGAGGGAGGCAUCGGGAGAGAUCUCCGAACUCGACAAGACUCUCGUCGACGUCUUGCAAUCGGAUGCCUUCAACUGCACCCUUCGAUCCUGCAAGUGGGGACUCCAGAACAGCAACCAGAUGAUGGCAGCUGCUUCCGCAUGGAUGCCGUUGAUCUACGGAGGCUGCUUCGCCGCCACGCUCUCUUCUGCCAUCGCCAGUCUCGUCGGUGCUCCUCGCGCCCUAGCCAAGGAUAAGUUGUACCCUGGGAUCAGCUUCUUUGGAGCCGGCUACGGAGCCAAUAAUGAUCCAGUGAGGGGUUACGUGGCUUGCUUCAUCCUCGCCGUCGCCUGCAUCCUCAUCGCCAAUUUGAACGCGGUGGCGACGUUGGUGGUGAAUUUUUUCCUGGCCGCCUAUGGGCUCAUCAACUUCUCCGUCUUCCACGCUUCUGUGACGAAAUCUCCAGGCUGGAGACCGUCUUUCAAGUUCUACAACGCGUGGGUGAGUCUGUUAGGGACACUCAUGUGUGUGGUGGUGAUGUUCCUGAUCCAGUGGGAGGUGGCCCUCGCCACCUUCGGCGUCACGAUGGCCCUCUACCUAUAUGUCAACUACCGCAAACCCGACGCCAACUGGGGCUCGAGCACGCAAGCGCAGGUGUACACGAGUGCGCUGAAGAGCGUGCACGAUCUGAACAAGACAGGUGAACACGUGAAGAACUACCGACCUCAGUUGCUCGUCCUUGCCGGUCUUCCCAGUACCCGACCUCCCCUGUUGGAAUUUGCCUAUCUCCUCACCAAGUCCAGUUCACUGCUCAUCACCGGUCACAUCAUCAAGGGUCCGAUGAAGCAUAGCGCGAGGGCAUCACUGGUCCAGAAGGGUUAUACCUGGCUCCAGCGUCAUCAUAUCAAGAGUUUUUACAACAUCGUGGAGAGCGACCGAUUUGACAAAGGAACAAAGGCCUUGCUUCAACUGUCCGGCUUGGGAAAGCUCCGUCCCAAUGUCCUUCUCCUCGGGUUCAAGGCUGACUGGCGCUCCUGCCACCCGACCGACAUGCUCCAAUACUUCAAUGUCAUUCAUGAUGCCUUCGACAACUACCUGGCGGUGGGGAUUCUGAGACUCCAAGAGGGUUUGGACUACAGUGACAUCGUGGAAGAGGAAAAUGCAGUCGUCGUCGAGGAGAAACCUCUCAAGACCAACAAAUCCGCCGUCUCCCUCGGGGAAAAGGGAGCGGAGUCGAGUCCGACUUCGAGUCCCGAGACGUCUCGAAGGAACCACUCGGCAGACGAAACGGAGAAGGAGACGAAAGAAAAGCGAAAGCAGCAGAAGAAGCGACGGAUGUCGUUGUCGCAGAUGUACCGGGGACCGGGCGGGGCCACUUUGCCGAAGACGGUCGUCAACAAUCUGACCCGUUUCCAGCAGAAACAGAAGAAGGGAGCUCGGAUCGACGUCUGGUGGCUGUACGACGACGGUGGACUGACGGUCCUCCUUCCUUACAUUUUGAUUCAGAGGAACCAAUUUUCCUCUGCUUCUCUUCGCAUCUUCUCCCUCGCCUCCUCCAAGGGAGAACUUGAACACGAGCAGAGAAGUAUGGCGGCCCUACUGAGCAAGUUCCGCAUCGACUACAGUGACGUGGUAGUCAUCGCUGACGUCCAGAAAAAGGCGACCGAUAAUGCGCUCCAGCAAUUCGAUACCCUCAUCGAACCCUUCAAAGAGAUGGAUAACGAAACCAGAGAACUUGGAACGUACAUCCCAGAGGCAGAACUGCUGGCCAAUCGUGACAAGACCAAUCGCCACGUGAGGCUAAGAGAACUCCUCCAUCAUCAUUCCCUCGAUGCUACCCUGAUCGUCAUGACGUUGCCGAUGCCGCGAAAGGAGAGCGUGUCGGCCCCGCUGUACAUGGCCUGGUUGGAGACCCUGACCAAGGACAUGCCUCCAUUCUUCCUCGUCAGAGGGAACCAGACCUCCGUCAUCACCUUCUACUCUUGA